AUGGACCUGCUGCAACAGCAACAACAGCAUCAACAACUUCAGCUGCAACAGCAACAACAGCAUCAACAAAUCCCGGCAACCACAAAUGCUGUCAGGAAAUCUAAAUCGAAAUCACAACCUAGAAAGAAUAUCCCAGUUGAACUCACGGCUUAUGGAACAACCCCUUCAGGGAAGCCAAGGCUUUUUGUCUGUCAAACAUGUACCAGAGCUUUCGCACGGUUGGAACACUUGAGACGUCACGAACGGUCUCAUACUAAAGAGAAACCGUUCACUUGUGGUGUUUGCCAACGUAAGUUUUCCCGUCGUGAUUUGCUCUUGAGACAUGCUCAAAAACUUCAUGCUGGCUGUGCUGAUGCUAUCACCAGAUUACGUCGUAAGUCAAUAAAAAAGUUGGACGCAGAACAACGCCAGGACGGAAAAAGUUCCAACGACAACGAUGAUGAAGAAGAAGAAGAGGAUGAGGAUGAAUAUAUGGAAGAUGAUGAUGACAGAGUUGAUGAACCCGGUGCACCUGAAUCCAACAACUCUGAAACCAAGAACACUUCUGGUGGCGGAGACAUGAGCGAUGACGUUCAGUUUAAUCUUAAUCUCUUCACUACGGACGUACCACAGAAACCUUUAAUGAUGAAGUACGAUUUGCUUACACCUUCCAACUCCGUUGCUUCCUCUUCUCGUACUUCUAGAAGAGAGUCUUCUGCAGAUACUGCGAAGGCAAACUCCGGAACCAGUCAAUUUUCUAAACGGGUUUCGCUUGAUCGUCAAAUUGCAAACCGUCGUCGGGGUGUUUCAUUUUCAGCUCAAUCUGGACCAAACUAUGCUCUGGCAAUGCCCGGAUUCAAUAAUGAUCGGUAUCCUGAACGGGACAAUAUUGAGUUUUCUACUCCUCAAUUAUUGCCUACCACUACCAUGGAGGAAACAAGUUGGUUAAAUAACUUGUCGACUAUUCCCAACUUGAACGAUAAGACUCUUCAGGAGAAUAAUGGAAAUGGUAUACUUCAUGAAUCAAUGCGUUUAAGUGGUUCACAAAAUGCCUCUGAUUUACGUACCAACUCUAUUAGUUUAAGCCUCUUGGAACAAGGUACUAUGAUGCGUGAUGAUUCCAUUGCUUCUAAUACGUCGUUUCUCAAUUCUGUCGAAACUCCAAUGGGAAACCCUCUAAGUAUUCUGGCUAUUGGAAGUGCAAGAAAGGGUUCAGCAAGUGCUUCUACGGAUUUCAAUACCCCUGGUUCAAAAAUCGAUGACGUUAAUGAAUAUGGGUAUUCUUUCUAUGAUAUUCCCGAGUCCAUGUUGAUGAACUCACACAUGAGUUUCAACCACAAUUAUAAGAGUUUAACUCCUAUAAAACAAGAAAUGGAUUCCGAAACCGGAUCUCCAGAUCACCAACACCAUCAAGAUAGUUUUGCUAGUGGAGUUAAUCACAACACUAAUGGCAAUGGUAUUCGCAGCAAUGCCGAGGGCGGGCAAGUUCACGACAUGGGUGGUGUUAAGGGCAACGAUAUGCAAUAUAUGGAUUUGAAUUUCUUGAAUGAUAUGGAUGAGUUAACCAACGAAUUGGAUGUUGGAUCUAAGUUUCUUCCAGGUGGAUAUUCCUUUUAUGGUGAUAUUCUCUCUGUGUCUUCUUCCGGUAUUGAUACUGGCUCCCCCAACGGCAUGAACUCCCCCAAUCAUGCUACAGGCUCCAAUAGUCUCUUGAGUAACCAAUACCCUUUGAGUUAUGAGACUUUGAAUAGAACGCAAUAUGAAUCCUCCUCGGGAAACAGAAGCAACAAUCUCAAUGGUACAAACGGCACUGGUGCAGGCGCAAGUGCCUCAACCCCACAGUCCAUGUUACUCAAGUCAACAUUGUCAAAGCGUAAUCAGAAAUUGGCUAUUGAUUCAAUGAUUGCCAAUACAAAGUAUUCCAGAACAAAAUUGUUCACUACAAAUAUGAGACAUUUGAUUAAUAAGGCUCUUUCAAAGUAUCCAAUUAGUGGUAUCAUGUCUCCUGCCAUUCCACUGAAUGAAAAAUUGGAAUUCUUUUUGAAUAGUUUUGUUACAAUCUUUCUUUCCCAUUUCCCAUUCAUUCAUCCAACUAAGCUCAAUGAAUUUGAAAUUAUGCAAAUGACUUCUAACGAAGACUCAUCAGUUGAAUCUGCUCGGGUCUGCCUUCCUUUAUUGAUAGCAACAAUUGGUGCUUUACUUAGUAACAACAAGAAUGAUCUGGAACACAUGUAUGAAGCACUGAGACGGAUUAUUCAUAUCUACUUGGAAUCCAGAAAGAAUAAUCCACCUACAAACCAAAUGGAUUUAGAACAACUGAAUAACGAUCAGUCUAGCUCAAACCCCAUCUGGUUAAUUCAAAGUUUAACUCUUUCUGUGAUAUAUGGUUUAUUUUCAGAUAAUGAGAAUAAUGUGUAUGUGGUUAUCCGUCAAUUGAAUGCCUUGAAUUCCUUGGUGAAGUCUCUGAUUCGGUCCAACAGAAAUAUUCUUUUUGCCAUUGGCCCACAAGAUGAAUUUGAAUAUAACAUGGUGAACCAUAAUCCUUCUAAUUUGGCACCAUCCGAAAACAAUUUGCUUUUCAAUCAAACAGUCGUCAAUGAUGACAUGAAAUACCGCAAUAACAUUAACGUGCAAUCACAAAUAAGAAUCAUUUUCAUGAUAUACAGACUCACUAACUUCCUUUUAAUGAUGUACAAUGUACCUCAUACGCUUUCGUUCCAUGAUUUGGGACUGAUAUCUCCGCCCACCAAGAAUGAAGAAUUUCUCUGGAGCUUUUCUAAUCAUCUUGCUUUCCAAGAAUAUUUGACAAACUCAAACGUUGGGAAAACCUUAGAUGACUAUUUAUUGGAUACAACUCCUAAUGUUUCGUUCAGAGACACCAUUCAACAAUUGGCUCAACAACAUUCAGAUGCCAAUGAAUGGCCAUUUGAGAAGGAAGGGAAACUGGAAAAUAGUGAUGCUCUUGUGCUUUCACUUUUCAACCAGAGUAAAUUUGGUUUAAUCUCGAUUAUCCAUGGAGUCUAUGAGUUGAAACAAUACCCUGAGAUGCAUAAUGUGAACAUAUUUCAAAUCCUUAACAGUGUUACUGAGAAGGUUGCCAUGUCCAAGUCACAUAUUGUUAGUCCUCAAUCGAAAGUUCAACAGUAUUACGAGAAGUUGGACUUUGCAAUGAUGAUGAAUUUUGUUAAGAUCAACAGUUUGAUCAACUUGAAGUAUGUCAAGGAACAAAGUUGGUUGCGCAAUUUUGACGAGUUGACCCUCCAGUACAACAAAUGUUUAAUGAAAAUUGGUGAAACCAGUGAAGCAGAUUAUUUGACGUUGUUUGAUUGUUGUUUGAUUAUUCUUCGUUUGGUACUUUGUAAAUCGGAAGAUGGAGACGAUCCUGCUGUUGUAAACAAUGAUUCUGCAGUUGCUCCUGCUGCUACUACUGCUAGCCUGCAAACAGCAGCCAAGAAUGCUAAGGGAGGAAGAAGAAGAAAGAAGCUGAAUGAGGAAGCCAUUGCAGUGGGUCAAAACAUUGAUUUUUUAGCCCAUUUAUUUACUGGACAAUCAUCAUCAAAGGAAUCUACUGAUGAUUAUUCUAAUUUUGGGAAGAUGUUUAACUUGGUGAUUCAUGAAGAUUUUGACCAUACUAAAAAUACUAUUCAUUCUCAAAUGAUCUUCCAUGCCUUCACCGUGUUGAGUAUUAUUCUGAUUUAUAUUUUGAAGAGGAUUAAUAAUCAUUCCGAUUUGUCAAAUAACCCCAACCAUCAGAGCCCACAAGCACUUGAACAAUUUACAGCCAAAUUUGAGGUGUUGAUGAAGUUGCUUGAAAAGGUUGAGAACUACUUGAGAAUAAAAUACCAUAAUUCCAAGUUUAAAUUGGAUGAAUUAUCGUUUCUCAUGUACUCUUCCCAUCUGACCACCAUUAGUCUUGAACGUCUCUUGUAUUUGUUGAAGAUGGGAGAGUUGAUUUUGAAUUAUUUAUUUGAUGCAAAUAUGAAGGUUUGUAUUUUCAAGAGAUUGGCAGGUAGCCUUUCGGAGAUACGGAAGUUUUUGAUUGAUAACGAGAAUAGAAUAUUAGCAUGA